AUGCUUGUUUCUUCAUUCUGGCUAUUUAUCGGGCUCACAACCUCACUGGUCUCUCCCGUAGCUGCCUUCACACCUCUCCAGCGUCGCGUCCAGCACGAACCCCCGUCUUCCCUCCCGCACGGCUGGACCCUCCACCGGCGCGCCGACCCCGACACGCGCAUCCCACUCUCGAUCGCCCUCCGCCAGGAGAACAUCGACCAGCUCGAAUCCUUCCUCCUCGCCAUCGCUGACCCCUCCUCGCCCUCGUACGGCCAGCAUUGGUCCGUGGCGGACGUCGCCGCCGCGUUCCGCCCGUCCGACGCCGCGUUCACCGCCGUGCGCGCGUGGCUCGCGUCCGAGGGCGUCGCCGCCGCGCGCGUGCGUGGGGGCACGGUCGAGGCGGACGUGAGCGUCGCGGAGGCGGAGCGGCUCCUCGCCGCGCGCUACUUCGUCUACCGCCACGACGGCAGCGGCGCGGAGAGCGUCGCGGCGCACCACGGGUACCUCCUCCCCGAGGACGUGGCGGCGCACGUGGACGUCGUCAGCCCAACGGUGAACGUCGUCGAGCCGCGCGCGCAGCUGGAGGAGGCGGGCGCGGCGGUGCGCAGGCGUGACGGGGGGAUGGACGGCAUGGGGCCGGUGCGGUCGCCGAUGCGGAAGCUCGGGCACACGUCUUCUUCGAACAGCACGGACGGGUGCGACGAGCUUGUGACGCUUGACUGUCUGCGCAAGUUGUACGACUUCGAAUAUGAGUUCCAGGCGCCGCUGGAGACGGUCGGCUCUGGGGCGUCUCAUCUGAACGCUGUCGGUGUCGUGGAACUGACCACCCAGACAUACACCCCCAAGGAUCUCGACAUCUUCUUCAAGAAGUACGCGCCGGACGUCGUUGGUCAACGCCCUGUACUCAACAGCAUUAACGGGGGAAAGAUCAACGCGUCGGAGACUAACAUCAAUCUCAUCGGCGAAUCCAACCUCGAUUUCGAGCUCAUCAUGGGACUGAUUGGUGGCAACCAGUCGACGCAGCUCUACCAAGUGGGUGGGGGGGGGUCUUGGGAAGAGAUGCUCAACGGAUGGGACACGACAUACUGCUCCAACAGCUCUUCAAAGUUCGACAAUUGCGGCUCCGCGCCGCUGUCGUACGUUGUCUCCGUGUCCUAUGCCGGCCCUGAGCUUGGCAACUCGCGGACGCUGCAACGCCAGUGCGAUGAGUUCGGCAAAUUGAGCUUGAUGGGCGCGACGUUCCUGUUCGCCUCUGGGGAUAGCGGAGUCGCCUCGAACGUGCAGAACUACUGCAAGACGGACUCUUCGUUCGGCUACGCCGUCGGCAAGGGCAACUUCCUCCCCAACUUCCCCCAGACUUGCCCCUACAUCACCGCCGUCGGCGCCACGCAGGUUCCUGCAGGAAAAUCGGCCUCCGACCCGGAACGCGCCGUCUACCUCGCCUCCAACGACUUCACCUCCGGCGGCGGCUUCUCGAACGUCUUCCCGCGCCCGCGCUGGCAGCACCGCGCCGUGGGCGGCUACCUCGCCAAGCACGCGCCCGCGUACGGCGCGGGCGUGUACAACCGCUCCGGGCGCGCGAUCCCCGACCUCUCCGCGAACGGGUGGCCGAUCGCGGCGGUCGACGACGGCGACGACCAGCGCUUCUACGGCACGUCCGCGUCGACGCCGAUCGUGGGCGCGAUGGUCGCCGCGAUCAACGACGCGCGGCGCGCGGCGGGCAAGGGGCCGGUGGGGUGGAUCAACCCGGCGAUCUACUCGAAUUUGUUCGCGGACGCGUUCCACGACAUCACGGAGGGGUUCAACAGCGGCUGUGAGCGCGAUAGGGCGUUCAACGCGACGCAUGGGUGGGAUCCGGUGACGGGGCUGGGGACAAUCAACUUCCCCAGGCUGCUCGCGCGCUUCAUGCUGCUUCCGUGA